GGAGGAGUCACCUCCUUUUCCUCUGUGGUCAUGCUUAAGAAAGCUGCAUGGAAAAGGGUCUGUUGGUAACAAUGGGGUUCAGGCAGCUUAUUGCGUUUGGCUUUGUGCUCGUGUGUGUGAGGCUUAGUGAUGCUCGAUUCCUCACUAUGAGAGUGCCAACUUACUGGGGGGUCGAGGAGCAGAAGCCUGCAGAGACUGAAGCAGGGCCAGCAGCAGAACCUGAGAGAGGCCACUCCAGGACGUCUGUUCAACAAGCUGGCAGACUCCAGCUAAAGCACACCCAGCCAGCAGGCAAACCGCUCUCCUGGAGAUAUCCAGCAGAUCCAGUGGAUCCAGUGACAAAGCCUCCUGUCAAGUUUGAACUGCAGCAGCCAGUGAUGACCAACCGUGUUGCUGUUAGGUGUGGGGAGAGUAAACUCCAGGUGGAAGUGAGUCAGGACCUGCUGGGCCGCGGCAAGCUGAUAAAACCAGAGGAGCUUACACUCGGUGGUUGUUCAGCCACUGACAUUGAUGAUUUGUCUCAUGUGCUUAUCUUUGAAUCUGAGCUGCAUGUCUGUAGCAGCACACUUGUGAUGACAGAGGAUGCCUUCAUUUAUGCCUUUACACUGGUCUACAAACCCCAAGUAUCUGGCAGAAGUGACAUUAUCAGGAGCCAGAGCACUGUUAUUGGAGUGGAGUGCCACUACCCGAGGUGAAUUUAAAUCUGGAUCAGCCUGCAAAGACCCACUUUAGUUUACUGACACUAAAGUAAUUAGCUCCAUGUUUAAAAGCAAUAAAAUGUUUAACAUCUCACAGCACUGGUUUUUAACUCAAUUUUAACCUGGACUCUCUAAACUCUCUGCUUUAGCAGCAGAAACAGUCUGACAUUACUUUACUUUAUCUGCAUCACAUAUUCACAAUAAGUCAGAAUAAUCACACUAAAGAGAAAAAACAC